AUGGGAAAGAUUUGGAAGAUUGCAGCGGUGCUCACGGUCUUUAUUGCAAUGUACAUUGCAUACACACUGAGAGACACGUUUGAUCCAGAAAGCAUACAUGGAAAGCGAGUGAUUGUGACCGGUGCAAGUACCGGUAUUGGUGAACAAGUCGCCUACCAAUAUGCAAAGCUGGGAGCCAAUAUAUUAAUCACCGCACGGAGAGAAAACCGACUAAAAGAGGUAGUAAAGAAAUGUUUAGACUUGGGUGCUCAAUCCGCACAUUACAUUUCUCUGGACAUGCAAGUCAUUAACGAGACUGGUAAAUUGAUAACUGAAGCUGAGAAGACACUCGGUGGAUUGGAUUAUCUCGUUUUAAACCACGCCCUCUACUACUGGGAAUUAUGGGAUGGCGAUAUAGAAAGACUUCAGGCACUAAUGAAUAUCAACUUUGUUUCCUAUGUGAAUCUAGCAACCAAAGCACUACCCAUGCUGUCUAAGUCUAAUGGUAGCAUCGCUGUGGUCUCAUCUAGUUCAGGUUUAGUCAGUGUACCUGCUGUUAUUCCAUAUUCUGCCUCAAAACACGCAUUGAAUGGAUUCAUUGAAGGACUAAGACUUGAACUCGAGUAUAUGGGAAUUGAUGUAGCAAUAACGCUACUUUUAAUUGGUGGGGUGUCCACGGAUCACAUGAUUGACAUUGUACAACGUCGUGAAACCUUAGCACAGUUCGGUGAGCCAGCUGAGGCUGCCUCAUUCAUCAUGAAGGCGGCAAGUUCUAAAAGGACAGUUGCUUACUACCCCUGGGCAAUUGUCAGGAUACCUGAAAUAAUACAUACUAUGUCACGUGAUCUGAGUGAUUUCAUGAUGUCAAGAUGGAUGUUUCCAGCUCUGCGAAGGCGGAAGAUGUAG